AUGUGGAGAUACAACGAUGACGUCACACAGAUUCGGGAUGGCGGGGAUUAUGGCAUUGUACACGGUGGUGCACUACACGCCCUCUACAUGGACUAUAAAGAUAAGGCGGAUAUCAUUUUGGUUUAUAUCUUGGAAGCACACUCAACUGAGGGCUGGAAGAUGGGCACUACGUUCAGUGACGCUAAACAACCAAUCACGAUUGAGGAAAGAAUAGACAGGGCCAGAGAUUUGCUGUACAUCAUUCCUGAUACAGUGACCUCUGACCCCUACGAUACAAGCAAAGUUCGUGUUGUUGUUGACGACAUGGACAACAAAUUUGACGAGACGUUCUGGUGUUGGCCAGAUAGAUCUCUGGCAAUUAAAGAUGGUCAGCUUGCCUUCACUGGUCGCAACAUUGUUCAACAGAUGAAAACACCUGAUAAACUCCUGACAACUGAUCUUCGUGAGUGGAUGGAAGCACAGAACGAAUAA